UGUCGAUAACAUUAUGCUUGCUGCAACUUGUAUUUGCAAACUCUAAUUAGUCUCUCAAUUCAGAAUGAUAAUAGCAAAGGGGCAACAAAAGCCCUUCCACACUUUUCAAUUCCCGCAAACUCAAUCAAAAGUCAAAGACAGAACUCCAAAUUGCAAUUAUCCUUCAUCAUAAUCAAAAGUCAAAACGUAAGAAAAUGAAAAUUCUCAUAAACCCUCAGCCCCUGUGACCAACCUACCACCCCUCUCAAACUCUCUCAACUCAUUCCAAUCGAAUUCUUCAGUUCUGCUGCCUGAGGCUCAAGCUCCACCUAUAAAUUUAAGCCCAGACCCAAAAUUUUCAUUGGUUUCUUUUCAUUCCUCUGAAAUUCGAUGGCGUUAUCCAGUUCCAUGAAGAAUUCCUUAUGCUCCAUCGCCAAAAGAACAUCUUUUUCGAAGACCCUUAUGGGAUUUAAGUGCAUGAGCAAUGUUCCAGAGAAUACUGUUUACGGAGGGCCAAAGCCACAGCAACCAAAUCAAAGGGUGACCCUAACCAGUUUACGCCAGAAGUACAGAAAAGGGGAGCCCAUCACCAUGGUGACGGCCUAUGAUUAUCCAUCUGCAGUUCAUCUUGACGCAGCUGGUAUUGAUAUAUGCCUAGUGGGUGACUCUGCUUCCAUGGUGGUUCAUGGCCAUGACACUACUUUGCCUAUUUCUCUUGAUGAAAUGCUUGUUCAUUGCCGUUCUGUGGCUAGAGGCGCCAAGAGCCCCCUUCUGGUUGGGGACCUCCCGUUUGGUACUUAUGAGUCCAGUGUUCAUCAGUUUGACUUAUGAGCAGGCAGUUGAUACAGCUGUUAGAGUUCUGAAGGAGGGAGGAAUGGAUGCAAUUAAAUUGGAAGGUGGAGCACCGUCAAGGAUAACAGCAGCUAAAGCUAUUGUUGAAGCUGGCAUUGCUGUGAUAGGGCAUGUCGGGCUUACACCCCAAGCUAUUAGCGUUUUGGGAGGAUUUAGGCCUCAAGGUCGAAAUGUUGCUAGUGCUGUCAAGGUUGUGGAGACAGCCCUUGCACUGCAAGAAGCAGGUUGUUUCUCGGUUGUUUUAGAAUGUGUUCCUGCAGCUGUAGCUGCUGCAGCAACAGCGGCCCUCCAAAUCCCUACCAUUGGCAUUGGGGCAGGCCCGCAUUGUAGUGGCCAGGUGCUGGUUUACCACGAUCUCUUGGGGAUGCUGCAACAUCCACAUCAUGCUAAGGUUACUCCAAAGUUUUGUAAACAGUACGCUCAGGUUGGAGAUGUGAUCAACAAAGCACUUUUGGAGUACAAGGAAGAAGUCACAAACGGUUCCUUCCCCAGCUCUGCCUAUAGUCCGUACAAGAUUACUGCAGACGAUUUGGAUAGAUUUUCGAAGGAGUUGCAGAAAAAAGGUCUGAAUGAUGCUGCAUCUGCCGCAGUCAGUGUUGCAGCUGGAAAGCCUGGAACUACUCAAUAAUCAGGUUGGGAAACAAAUGAAACAGAGUGGUAGUAUUCUCUUAAAUGGACUUAGCAUAAAAUAAAGCCAAGGGCGUUAGAAUCUUAGACGACAAGAGACAGUGAAGAGUGAAGACAAUGGAAGUUCCAAGCGUUUUAUUCUUUGGCAAAGCUAAUGACCCUUUCAGCUGGAAGUAUAAGUUUAGGAACAUCCAUCCACCUUUUUUGUUGCUUUCUUGUAUCACUUUUACUGGAUGAAUAAAAUGUGUCAAAAUUUGAGCAGCUAGUGAAUCAUUGUAACAGCCUCCCUAAGUUGUUUGCAUAGUCUGCAGGCUUUGGUGGUAUUUUUUGACGAGGUCUUCAAGAAAAUAAAACAAAAAAAUUCAUAUAUAUAUAUAUAUAUAUAUUGUUGGAUACACAAAAAUUAGAGGAGACAGACACCAAGGAAAUG